CAGGUCGGAAGCAGAUGCGUCAGUCCACCACCGAGCACACCCGGCAGACCUUCCUCCGCAUGCAGGAGCGCCAGGUCCAGUCCCGCAAGAAGAAAGGUCCCCAUCCCCGACCGGCCCCUGACGCAGGAGGAGCUACUGGAGGAAGCAAAGAUCACUGAGGAGAUCAACAUCCGCUCACUAGGUAUUGGGUCACUGAUGAGAGCCGACAAGAAGAAGCACGUGCAGAAGAAGAGGCGCUGCGUGGGGCCGACCGUUCGCUACCACUCUGCCACCAUGCCGCUCAUCACCGAGCUCAACGUGAAGGAGGAGAACGUGGACGUGGAGGGCCUAAAAAAAAAAAAUAAUUGUUCUUUUAGGUUGGAGCAUGAGCAGAUGGGGGAUUCCUCCACGGGGCCCCCUGCCAGCAAAUGCUCCCGCACCUUCAUCACCUUCUCCGACGACGAAGCCUUCGAGCGGAUCUUCCCCAAAAGCAAAGCCAAGAUGCCGGUCCGAGAGGUGUGUCCGGUCACCCACAAACCGGCCCAGUACCGGGACCCCAUCACCGACAUCCCCUAUUACAACGCCCGGGGGCCUUCAAGAUCAUCCGCGAGGCGUACAAGAAAUACAUCACCGCUCACGGCCCUGCCCAACGCCGCUAUGGGCCGCCGCCAUGGGUCCGGCCGGCGCUGCGUCCGACGCAGGACAACGCAGCACACGGCAGAAGAUCGUUAUCAAACAGAGCGUUCCGGUUACAUAAGGCCAAGGUGUUGUCAUGGACAUCUAUGGGGGGGGGAGGGGCAAUCGGACGACCCAAAUGAUCACUGGGGGACUUUUACUUUUUUUUUUGUUUUUUUUUUUUUUUACUUCGGAAAUUUGAAUGAAAAUCUUUAA